AUGGCUGAGGAAGAAGGUCGUCAGAGAGCAUUAAAAACGGCAAGGGGAUUGGCAGAGAGAAUUUUAACUGAGCUUCUUAUAGGACAUCAGAACAGUACACAUUUGUCUUCAAGCCUUUGGUCUGCAGUGCGUGCAAGGGGUUGUCAGUUUCUUGGUCCAGCCAUGCAGGAAGAUGUGCUUCGUCUAAUUCUCUUAACACUCUCAGACGGAGAUUUGAUUGCUAGGAAGACUUUAGUAAUGUACAUUGUACAGACGCUUGGCAAAGAUUAUCCACAGGUAAUCAAAAGGGAAGGAGAGUCGUCGCUCAUGCAGCUUAAGUCUGAAUUUCGUGAUUAUGAUACUUUACGGCGAGAACAUGAUUCACAAAUAGUACAAAUUGCAGUAGAGGCCGGUCUUAGGGUUUCUCCAGAUCAAUGGUCUGCCCUUCUUUAUGGGGAUCAGUUGCAUCGAUCUCAUAUGCAAAGCAUUAUUGAUAAGCUCCAGUCUUCUGAAGCUUUUGAGCAAAUGAUCAGAGAGUUUCAAACGGUUUUGAGAGAUAAUGAUCACGAUUUUCUUCUCCCCUUGGUUCCUUUAUUUGAAAGGUUCAAUCGCUACGACACAAAUAGUAAUGGGUAUUCCGUGCAUUACGGGCAGGGUUUUUCAGGCAUUCCCAAUUGGCAGGAUGCGAUGGAACUGUUCGAUGCACUGUCUCUUAUAGUCGAUUCUUACGUAGACUUUACUAAGAAACGGUCCCUUAUUUGUGUUAACGUAUCAUACUCCUUAGAAGUUGAGUCUGGUAAAGUGUGUCCUCGGGGCAACCGAUGCACGUACGCCCAUUCAAAGGUUGAAUUACGUCGACCUGGACAGCGAAAACAACAAAUGAAUAAUCAGAAUAAUUCUUUAUUAUCAGAUUUUUUAACAAAUUUUGCGUUCACGUCUGAUUCACACUUGCUUCCCCGAGGGGCACCACCAUCACAAGUGGUGCAACACCAGACUUAUAACGCACCCUGUGACUUACGUCCUGUAAUACCUUCAGCAGCUCCUCCAAACCCUGUUAAUGUUGUUUCAGUUCCUCCUGUUGCCCAGUCUUUGGGAACACAUACUGUGGUGAUUGAUCCUCGACAGCCAAUUGCUCUGGGUGCGGAAAAUGCUGGUAUUGUUCCAAUGCCAGUUCCAGUUGUCCCAGUGGUUGUCCAGAGGACUCCUGCAGUAGAACCUUCUAAUGCUACAAUCCCGGUUCUUCCAGUUGUAGUUCAAAGCGGUCCUGCGGUACCCACUGUAUCAGCUAUGCCUGGAGUUCCUGGUGUUGAUGCAGUUCCUCCUCCUCCUCCUGUUCUUGUAGGAACAAUCCCUCUACCGCCCAAUAAUGCUGUGGCAAACCCUAGGCCGCCCCAACCUGUCAUUGUUCCAACAAUGUGGCAGGUCCCAACACCUCAGCCGAUGAAAAGGGUUGCCACAGCGUUACCUCCUCAAAACGCGUCUCAGGUGAUACCUAUGCCCGUGGCUGUACCUCCGUCGCAGGUGCCUUUUGAUGUUGGUGGGAUGAGAUGGAUGCCGUCAUGUGGAAGAAUCAUUGAUGAUCUUAACAGUAGAACUAUUGAAAUGCCAUUUGAAUGUCCAGAGCCUUACUGGCCAGUUUUUGACGAUGGCCGAUGUGCAGUCACAGUUACACCAGCAUCUAGUACAGAUGGACAUAUGAUUCCUGUUUAUAAUGGCCGACAUUCUUCUCAGUUUUGCCAGGGCAAAACGUCCGAUUACGAGGAUGAAGAGCAGCUUAAACUUAGGCGAAAUGAAAUUAUCUCGCGUUUGGCAGGUUUACAUCAAAGUGGCACAGGGAAUUUGUCGUGCGAAGAAAGUGCUGAUGAUGACGAUCUUCAAAGAUUUAAAGUAUACUUUCAAAUUGGUGCUUUCAGUCAUGUUUCUUACACAGUGGCGAAUUCUGUACUCUAUGAUGAAAAAGAAAUGUCGGUUGUAUCAACCUCUGGCGGCAGCUUGCAGCUUCCACCAAUUCCUUUACGGUACAGUGUGCCUUCGGCAGAUGAGACGACAAGUUGCCUUAACGAAAAAGCUGUCGUAUCUGCAGUUGUGUUACCUGUGUGUUCGCCAUGCGUUUAUUCUACCACUACAAAACUGGCGACUGUGCAGGCGCCGUGCGCGGUGAUGCAAAUCAAAGAUACAAUUAGCCAGCCUUUGCCAACUCCUGCUAUACAGCGACCUUACAGUAUGUUUUCAUCCACUUAUUUUGAUCUCCAGAUAGCAAGGCAAAAAAUUGUAGACCCUGCCGUAGUCGUUGAGCAUCUUCCUCCUGUGAUAAGGCCAUUUCCUGCCGCUCCCAUAGAUCCACAAAACGUUGUGAGUUUAACGCUAGAUCGUAUCGUGGAUGUAAAAGAGCGUUUAAAUGAUGUGGAGAAGAAUGGUGGUCUUGGUUGUUCUGCUGAGAAACAGCAACUGAAAGUUGAAUUGAAUAUUGCUAGUCGGCAGAUUCAAUCAUUGGAUCAAAAAACAAAGCAGACGUGUUUGUUGCGUGAACUAGAAGUUGUAGAGAAGAAGAUGGAGAAUUUAAAUGUUCAUCAAUGA